ACUACAUUACCCGGCAGGCCUCGGUGGCGUCCCGCCAAUCAGCGCGCUUCUUGUUGGUUGGUGCGGGGAGCGGGGGUUGGCUUCCGCGGGAGCGAGCGAAGAGGAAGCGGCGCGGAGGAAGCGGCGCAGAACCAAGUAAGUUUUCACAAACGGUGAAUGGGAUUCCUCCUUCAAACACAGUCAGCAGUGGAAUGGACCCCUUCCAUGCUUGCAGUAUUCUUCAACAACUUAAAACCAUGUAUGAUGAAGGACAACUGACAGAUAUUGUAGUGGAAGUGGAUCAUGGGAAAACAUUCUCCUGUCAUAGAAAUGUUCUUGCUGCAAUCAGUCCUUAUUUCAGAUCUAUGUUCACUAGCGGCCUUACAGAGAGUACCCAGAAAGAAGUUCGUAUAGUUGGUGUUGAAGCAGAGUCAAUGCAUUUAGUGUUGAACUAUGCAUAUACCUCCAGAGUAAUGCUGACAGAGGCCAACGUUCAAGCUUUGUUCACUGCAGCUAGUAUCUUCCAGAUCCCUUCCAUACAAGACCAGUGUGCUAAAUACAUGAUCAGUCACUUGGACCCACAGAACUCCAUUGGGGUGUUUAUCUUUGCUGAUCACUAUGGUCAUCAGGAACUCAAAGACAGAUCACAAGACUACAUUCGUAAAAAGUUUCUGAGUGUCACCAAAGAGCAAGAGUUUCUUCAGUUGAGAAAAGACCAGCUCAUAAGUAUACUCGACAGUGAUGACUUAAAUGUAGACAAAGAAGAACAUGUUUAUGACAGCAUUAUAAGGUGGUUUGAGCAUGAACAAAAUAAGAGAGAAGUGCACCUUCCAGAAAUAUUUGCCAAAUGCAUCCGUAUGCCUCUGUUGGAAGAGACAUUUUUAGAGAAAAUCCCUCCCAUGUUUGCACAGGCUAUGGCCAAAAGCUGUGUACAAAAGGGACAACAUAGUGCCAAUGGCUAUACACAACGGCUUGGAAUGACUGCUUCUGAAAUGAUCAUAUGCUUUGAUGCUGCCCACAAACACUCAGGAAAGAAGCAAACAGUGCCUUGUUUAGAUUCGGUCACAGGGAGAGUGUUUAAACUAUGCAAGCCACCAAAUGACUUGAGGGAGGUUGGAAUUCUUGUAUCUCCUGAUAAUGAUAUUUAUAUUGCGGGUGGUUACAGACCAAGCAGCAGCGAGGUCUCCAUUGAUCACAGAGCAGAGAGUGAUUUCUGGAUGUACGAUCACUCUGGCAAUAGGUGGAUUCCGAAAGCUCCUUUGUUGCGAGCCAGAAUAGGCUGCAAAUUGGUUCAUUGCUGUGGUAAACUGUAUGCAAUAGGUGGUCGUGUUUAUGAAGGAGAUGGGCGAAACUCUCUCAAGUCUGUGGAGUGUUAUGACAGCAGAGAGAACUGUUGGACGGCUGUCUGUCCAAUGCCGGUAGCGAUGGAGUUUCAUAGUGCUGUGGAAUAUAAGGAUAACAUCUAUGUUUUACAGGGGGAAUUUUUUCUCUGCUAUGAUCCUCAGAAGGAUUAUUGGGGGUUUUUGACUCCAAUGACUGUGCCUAGAAUCCAAGGCUUGGCAACUGUGUACAAUGACUCCAUCUACUACAUAGCUGGAACCUGUGGAAACCAUCAACGUAUGUUUACCGUAGAGGCCUAUGACAUUGAACAAAAUAAGUGGACUCGAAAGAAAGACUUCCCGUGUGAUCAAUCCAUUAAUCCAUACAUAAAACUUGUACUCCUCAAAAACAAACUCCACCUGUUUGUCAGAGCUACUCAAGUCACUGUUGAAGAGCACGUUUUCAGAACCAGCAGGAAGAAUUCUCUCUAUCAGUAUGAUGAGGUCACUGACCAAUGGCAAAAAGUAUAUGAGACUCCAGAUAGGCUCUGGGAUUUAGGCCGGCAUUUUGAAUGUGUAGUUGCUAAGUUGUAUCCACAGUGUCUUCAGAAAGUUAUUUAAUUUUCUUUUUUCAGUAACAGGCCUUAGUGAUUUCAGUGGUGAUCCGAUGCUAGAGAAAACGUCUUAAAACAAAGAAAUUGUCAGUAUUUAUUGUAAGCUGAAACAGACAGGUUUGUUUUCUUUUUUGUAUGUGGGGAUGGGUGCUCUUUAAAGGUUGCAGUCUGUGAAGGGUAUUACUGGUUCAGUUUCAUAUUUACUGAUAUUUUCCUGGGAAAUGAGAAGGAGGUUACGAAGUGCAAUUAUCAGCAUUUUUUUUCUGGUAAACACUUAAUCAUGUCAUACUCGAAGAUGUAUUUGUGGUAAGAGCAAGUUAAGUGGAAGAGUCAGGAUAACUAUGCACUACAGUGAAAGAAAUCUAGCAUUAAUAGCUAAGGAUGUCCAAGCUGUUUUGGAGUGACUUUUCAUUUUUCCUUUUUUUUUUUUUAAAUACGGGUAAAAUUUGAGGCAAUAUCACUAAGUUGUUUGGUUUUUUUGGCUUUUUUUUUUUUCAUUUGAAAUUAAAAUUGCAUAGAGGAAUGAUAGAUCCUGAUUCAUAAUGAUCUUUUUUUUUUUUUUUGUACUGUUUUUGAAGUCUGCAAAGAUGUUUUGUGUUGUUGUUUGUGCACUACAGUUUGGGAGGACAAACUCAAGUCAGAAUUGGAACAUGGAGUACCUUUGCCUGGAAGGAGGCCUGUUCAGAUUGCUGUGCCACUUCUUGUCCAUGGAUUUUUGUUGAAAUUUGAGCUUAAAAGAUAUGGAAAACAAAUCCCAACACCUAUUUACUGCCGGUUAGGUGUAGUGCUGUAAAAAUAUUUAUAACACUGCUUUAAAACUUUUUUUCAUCCCAUAAAGGGCUUUAAUCCAAAAGUUGAUGGUGCUAGUACAUUUUUAAUACUUGUUUGUCUGAAAUGGGCUAAUGUUACGCUGCUGUUUAAGACAGCCUGUUAGUUUUCAUUGAGUGUCUGUUUCCAGGCCCUGUUCUGUCAUUAUAUUGUCUUUUCUAACAUAACAUUUUUACUGUAGUGAUAUUCUUGCACAGGAUGGUGACAGGAUAUGGCCUUAAUAUUGACUUUUUUUUUUGUGGAGUGUUCAUUUUGUCUCCACUAAAGUACAGUGCUGUGUGCAGUGUUAGCAUGUGCUCCAGUAACUUUAAAAUGUGUGGCUUAACUUGACAAGUUAUAUUUUUUCUCCCUGUGAUUGAGCCCUCAAAUACUUUGUUUCAUUCUGAUCUAUAAUGUGAAAAUUUUGCACUACUGAGCUGUCUUCGUUAUUCAGUGUAUUAAAGCAAAAUUGAUAACAAGUGUCCAUGGCUUAAAUAAUAUUAGAUGCUAAUCUAGAAUAGGAAUCCAAUGUAUUGCAACACUUUUCUCUAUGUAUUAAACAUGUAGCUUACUUUUCCAGAAGUAAAAAAAUUUCCAAGUUCUUCUUCAAUAGUGGAAACUUGACAUGAAAGGGAAAAGAGGAAUCCUAAAAACCUUAGCAGCUGUAACUUGCCACGUUUGGUUUGCUGCAGGUCUAGUUUUUCCAGAGCAACAGGUGUGAGCUAUUUUACUCUUUCCUAUUUCUCAAAUCUACUGAAGGAAUAAACCAACUAACUUGAAAUGGCAGUGGCCAUCACUGGCUCUAAGUUCUUACUGUUAUCUGGCUUAACAGCUGAUAUUUCAGUAAGCCAAAUAGUGACCUCACUAAUGUUUAUCCCCCUGGCAUGGCUGAGGAUUUGGAUAAUGUUCACUUGCCAUGUGGUCUUUAUGUUCCCGAAUGAAAUCUUUCUGAUUUACAGAUACUGGCCUGGAUCUAUUUCUCAAUUCUUGCACAAAAUGUUAAAAAGACAAAAACAAAACUGUGAAAUGAAAAGGAAAAAAAAAAAAAAAAAAGCCUCUUUGCAUUACAUACCUCAUCUUCAGAGAUUUACCAAACUGCUUCUUUCAGAUGCAAGCGCCGGAUUUUUUUUUUUCUGAAGUAAAGCUGAUGCUUGCUAAGACUGCAUUUUACAACAGUGUUGAGGCGUGUUGUUUCUUUAUUUAGUUUUCUUCUGGAUACUGUUUUAUAUAUAUCCAUAGCCAAGAGUAAGAGCUUUCUUUUUAGUACAGCUAAUUUCAUUUUUAAGGUUAUCCUUAGUCCUUGGCUCUCUUUGCGCUGUUGUAGGCCUCUAGCUGCAAGCUUUCUGAAGCACCCUCCCUAACAGUGUUGCAUUUGUGUGUAAAACCAUUCUUUUGCAAAGUGUUAAUAACUUUCCUUUAUUAUUAUUUUUUUUUUAAGCUUGGUUGAAUAUUUACGAGACUUCUUGCUGCUUUUUGACAAUCUUCUAUAUUUAUUUAGUAGAAAAAAUUUCAAUAUAUUACUUGAAACUAUGAAAUAGAAUUGAGUUAGCGAUUGACUGGUCAUGUGAUGUAUAGAAGUACAAUAUGCUGUGGUUAAUUCUGCAGUAGGUUUGUUAAUUUUGUUUAUCUGCACUAAAGUACGAAGAUCUCCAUUCUGUUUAACCAUUCAAACUGAGGGUGUGAUCCAAGCCUGUAAUGUGUUUCAAAGCUGAACCCUGGAACUUGCUGUGGGAGUAGAAUAUAUGGAAUCUUUUGCAUGAGGAGUUUGUUGAGAUGGUAAUAUAGCUGUGAGACUUUGCCAAUUCUUAAAUGCUUCUCCAUUUUGCUGAAAGUCAGAUUCCUGGUAAAGUUUUUGCUUUAGAGUCGAGCUUAAGUAACCUUGCACAGCACAGGAAAAAAUAAUUGCACCAAAGGUACUGCUAAAAUUUAAACAGUAACCUGUAUGUUUUCUCCCCAUCUAGUAACUUUUUCUGCAUUCAUUUGUUCCCUUUUCUGAAAUUAAUUUCUUGUAAGGAUUUACAGAGGGGUAAAUCUUUUCCAAAAUUACUGAUUACUUUAGAAGGAAGUGUUUUGUAAUUUCUGCUUGAUUCUUCCAGUAAAAUUUAGGAUAACUAAAAGCAAUUCUGGUGCACCAAACAUGCAGUGUUUGUAUGUUCUACAAGAAAGUGAUGAGCUCCCUGUUUGUAAAGCUGUUUAGAAAUGGCACCCAACAUUCAGUGCUCAGGUAUGUUAGUAAGAAGUACUGUAGUCCUAUGAGGGCAAAUGUGUGGAUUUUUAAACAUUUUGCCAUAAUUGCACAAUUUUGCAUUUUUACUUAAUGUCAUGUUAUGUUUCUUAAAAUAAACCUAUUGUUGAAAUACAA